CCCGACCCGCACUGCCGCUCGCCGCCAUUCCGCCGGCCGCCCUCGCCGCCAUUCCCGGCCGCAACUCUAGCGCGCAGACGCGGGGGCCUUGGGGGGUCGGGUUCAAGGGGCGUAGGCGGCGGCGCAAGUGCUGGCGGCCGACGAGUGCGGCCUACAGCCGGCGCGCCCGCAGUUUGCGCCACGCCGCCACCCCUUCCCUCGCCUCCCCCUUCAACCUCAUCCCGUACGGCAGCAAUCUCCCCUGGGACGGAGGGGAGCCGGCCGACUGCGACAAUUUGGGGUGGCUCGACCCGUGGGGAACGAUGCUAGGCGAAGACCUCGCCGCCCCCCCGCGGGCGGCCGACGAGGCGGAGCCCGAAGCGGCCUUCUGAAAAGGGAGCGCGCAGAGACGCCACACGGCCCUCUCUUCCCCCCCCCCCUCUUCCGGGCCUUCGUUCCGGGGCCCUCGAUCCGGGCCCUUUCUUCCGGCCAGCCCCGCGCGCGGUGGCAUCAGGGCGCGCGCUACCCGCCACAGGCUUCACGGAGGCCUCCUUCGGUCAGAAGCCAGUCGGCGGGUGCCGCGCCUUGCGGGCGUGCAGCGUCUCCCCCCUCUGCGCCCUUCUACGCGAGGGGAGGAGGUGAGCAGAGCGCUCGCGCCCUGCCUGCCGCCCGCGUGCCGCCUCGCCUCCCCGAAGUGCGGUGCGCUUCCCGGUGGGCUGACCCACCUCCGUUGCUUUUGCAGCCUGGCACGCGCCAGCCAGAGCGUGGAGCCCCCCGGCUGGCUUCUGCCUCGCCAAACGGGACGACGCCGCGCCGCCCGCCUGCC